AUGGGUUUCACCGAUCUCCUCACCGAUGCUGGCCUUGCCGUCUUGAACAGCUGGGUUUCCACCCGCUCCUACAUCGUUGGCUUCUCUGCCACCCAGGCCGACGUUGCCGUCUUCAAGGCCCUCAAGGAGGCUCCCGCCGCCGACAAGUACCCCUCUGCCGCUCGUUGGUACAAGCACAUUGCCUCUUACGAGGAUGAGUUCGCCACCCUCGACGGCGAUGCCAGCAAGCCCUACACCGUCUACGGCCCUGAGGUCGCCGAGGUCACCCUGAACCCCGCCAAGGCCCCCGCCGCCGAGGAGGAUGAUGAUGUCGACCUGUUCGGCUCUGACGACGAGGAGGAGGAUGCCGAGGCCGCCCGUGUCCGUGAGGAGCGCCUGGCUGAGUACCGCAAGAAGAAGGAGAACAAGCCCAAGGUCGCCGCCAAGUCUGUUGUGACCAUGGAUGUCAAGCCUUGGGAUGACGAGACUGAUCUGGCCGCUCUGGAGGCUGCCGUCCGUGGCAUUGAGAAGGACGGUCUGGUCUGGGGUGCUUCCAAGCUGGUCGCCGUCGGCUUCGGUAUCAAGAAGCUGCAGAUCAACUUGGUUGUUGAGGACGAGAAGGUCUCCCUGGAUGAGCUCCAGGAGGAGAUCCAGGAGUUCGAGGACUACGUCCAGUCUUCCGACGUUGUUGCCAUGCAGAAGCUGUAA